AUGAUAGGAAUGGCUUCGGGCUUCAACGUCGUGUCGCCCAGGCCCCAGUUCAGUUCGCUUCUAGCAUGCUCAGGCACUGCAAGACAAUAUGGGGCACAUAAACCUCGUCUGCGCACGGGCACGCCGGGCUGUCCUUGCAUCCAAUGCGGUACCUCGUACCUAUUCAUAUUAUUUAGAUUUAGAAUUUUAAGGUCUGAAUUCUGUUCAUUAUUUGUGGACAACUCGUCCGAUUUCAAUCUGGUUGCGAAUCGCGCGCAUUAUCAAAAACUGGUGCACGCUUCAGCAUUAACAUAUGAAAAUUGUAUUUAA